UUGCAAUAAUCUGUCAAUGCUGUGAGUACAUCCAACAGGCCUCCCUCCCUCUCGGCAAGGACGAACGACAGCUAAUGGGGCAAUUCGAUCCUCUCCUGCUGCCGGGGCGUCCAUGAAGCCAACGCUCCAUUUCUAUUUUGGUCGCCUUCGCGAUAAUAAUCUUUACCCAAUGCGUUGGCGGUUGCUUCGACGCAGCUUGUUGCUUCCCAUGGCGAGAGCUCACCGUGGCGGGGUGCAGGAAUGGUUCGGGGCCACCGUGGUUCCCGUUGAAGAAGUAUUUACGGUGCAGGCGUCGGAUGAAUGCGGCGUGUUACGGCUCGCAAGCGGCGGUGGAGAACUGGCUCAGCAGUUUGGAAAAUUCUGUCAGGAGAACUUGUGCAUGGAGAGCUGGGAUUUCCUCGUCGACGUUGUCCGCUACGAACGGAUUGCGCCAAGCCUCAUCGCGAACGACCCCGAGGACGAGCAGUUCAACUCCUUCUUGUUCAUCCUGAACCAAUACCUGCUUCCCACGUCACCCGACGAGAUCAACAUAUCAAGCUCAAUGAGCACACGCAUCUUGGCGUUCGGAACAAGGGAGGCCUUCAACGAGCUCAGCCUCGAGGAGCGGGUCGGCAUACUAAAGGAACCCUUCGACGAGAUUGUCCGGAUGCUGGAGCAAAAUCUGCUGAACAAGUUCCAGAGACGCGUAGCUGUGGACCGGGAGGCCCAGCUGCUCGCGGCUGCGGAUGGGGAUGCGGAUCUGGUGACCGUUCUGAAGGCAUCGGACCAUCGCGUUUGUGGUUCGAAGCCGGAAAUAUCUGUUUCCGGAUACACUUUAGGCUAA